UUCGCACGGCGGUCGCUCUCGCUCCCGCCGCUGUCGUCGCGUGUCGCGUCGCGCCGCGUAGCAGUCAGUCUCGCGCCGGCCGCCCGCUGCCCGUGCCGUCUGUAACGUUAUAGUAAUCGAAGCUAACGCCGGUCGAUAGUCCGGCGCGCCGCCCCGUGCAACAUAUCGGGCUUCCCGGUACCGCGAGCCGCAAGUGUGAGGUGCAUCUGAUGAAUAGGGCGCGGGUCGCUUUGCACGAAGACGAUUCACAAACAAAAACCGGAUUAUUAAUACCUCGCGAUAGUCUCCGUUAACAUUUAUAUAGUGCGUGUGGCUGCAACAUGCCCAGCGCGAUGGUGAACGGCGCGCAGGCGUCGCCCGACGACGUUGUUCUGACAGGCCUGUCGGGUCGCCUGCCCGAGUCCGACAAUGUGGAUGAGUUCGCGCGCCACCUGUUAGCCGGCGUCGACCUUGUGACCGCCGACGACCGGCGCUGGACACCAGGGCUGCACGGGCUGCCAGAGCGCAACGGCAAACUGAAAGACCUGGUGCACUUCGACGCGACAUUCUUCGGCGUGCACGCGAAGCAGGCGCACCUGAUGGACCCACAGCUGCGGCUGCUGCUCGAGCUGACCCACGAGGCCAUCGUGGACGCCGGACUCAGUCCCGCAGAGCUGCGCGGCUCGCGCACUGGCGUCUACGUCGGCGUCUCCAACUCCGAGACGGAGGAGAUGUGGACCGCCGAUCCGGACAAGAUCAACGGUUACGCGCUGACGGGCUGCUGCCGCGCCAUGUUCCCCAACCGCAUCUCGUAUACGUUCGACCUGAAGGGCCCCUCAUACGCCGUCGACACGGCCUGCUCGAGCUCCAUGUUCGCGCUCGCGCAGGCCGCGGCCGCAAUGCGCGACGGCCAGUGCGACGCCGCAAUCGUUGCCGGCACCAACCUUUGCCUCAAGCCCGCCAACUCCCUCAACUUCCACCGGUUGAGCAUGUUGUCGCCGGAGGGACGAUGCGCGGCGUUCGACGCCGGCGGGCGCGGCUACGUGCGCUCCGAAGCCGCCGUGGUGGUGCUGCUGCAGCGCCGCGGCAGCGCGCGCCGCCUCUAUGCCACCGUGCGCGGCGCACGCAUGAACACCGACGGCAGCAAGGUGCAGGGCAUUACCUUCCCCUCGGGAGACGUGCAGCGCCGCCUUGCUGAGGAGACCUUCGCGGAUGCGGGCCUCCGGCCGCAGGACGUUGUCUACGUGGAAGCGCACGGCACCGGCACCAAGGUGGGCGACCCGCAGGAGGUGAACGCCAUCGCUGAGUUCUUCUGCAAGGAGCGGACGACGCCGCUGCUGCUGGGCUCGGUCAAGUCCAACAUGGGCCACUCGGAGCCGGCCUCCGGCUUGUGCUCGAUCGCUAAAGUCAUCAUCGCCAUGGAGGAGGGCGUCAUCCCGGCUAACUUGCACUACAAGACACCGAACCCAGAUAUUCCUGCCCUAAGUGAUGGACGUAUACAGGUGGUCGACAAAAACACGCCGUGGGAUGGCGGACUUGUGGCGGUCAAUUCUUUCGGAUUCGGCGGAGCCAACGCACACAUUAUCUUAGAGUCGCAGCGGGGUGCGCGCUCCCCGGCGCACGCCGCCGCCCAGCCCGCCGCCCAGCCCGCCGCCCAGCCCGCCGGCCUGCCGCGGCUGGUGGUGGCGUCGGGCCGCACGGAGGCCGCUGUACGCCGCCUGCUGCAGCUCGCGGGCGAGCACGCGCACGACGCGCAUCUGCUCGCCAUGCUCGAUGCCGUGCACGCGCACAACAUCUCGGGCCAUGCCUUCCGCGGCUACCGGCUACUCGGCGAGCCGUCGCCGCAGGCCCCGCCCGUCGAGGAGGUCCAGGAGGCCGAGAGCUCGGAGCCGCGGCCGCUGUGGUUCGUGUUCUCCGGCAUGGGGUCGCAGUGGGCGGGCAUGGCGCGCACGCUGCUGCGCCUGCCGUCGUUCGCCCGCAGCGUGGCGCGCUGUGCGGCGGCGCUGCGCCCGCACGGCGUCGACCUGACGCACGUUCUCACAGACGCGCCCGACUCCGCCUUCGAGGACGUGGUGACGUCGUUCGUGUCUAUCGCCGCCGUGCAGGUGGCGCUGGUGGACGUGCUGCGCGAACUCGGCCUAAGGCCGGAGGGAAUCGUCGGUCACUCCGUCGGAGAAAUCGGUUGCGCGUACGCGGACGACACACUGACGGCGGAGCAGGCGGUGCUGGCGGCGUACUGGCGCGGGCGCAGCAUCGUGGACGCGCGCCUGCCGCCCGGCGCCAUGGCGGCCGUCGGCCUCUCCUGGGAGGAGGCGAGCGCGCGCUGCCCGCCCGACAUCGCGCCCGCCUGCCACAACGCCGCCGACAGCGUCACGGUGUCGGGCCCGGCAGACUCCAUCGAGCGGUUCGUGGGGCAGCUGGCGGCGGAGGGCGUGUUCGCGCGCCGAGUCAACAGCUCGGGCGUGGCGUUCCACAGCCGCUACAUCGCCGCCGCCGCGCCGCUGCUGCGCCGCAGCCUCGAGCGCGUCAUCCCCGAGCCCAAGCCGCGCUCUCGUCGCUGGCUCUCCUCUUCGCUACCUAAGGAUCAGUGGGACUCGGACAUUGCGCGGCUGAGCGACGCGGCGUACCACGUCAACAACCUGCUGUCGCCGGUGCGGUUCGCGGAGGCGCUGCGCGAGGUGCCGGAGCGCGCGCUGCUGGUGGAGGUGGCGCCGCACGCGCUGCUGCAGGCCGUGCUGCGCCGCGCCCGCCCGCUCGCCGCACACGUGCCGCUGCUGCGCCGCGACGCGCCCGACCUGGCCGCGCAUCUGCUGGCCGCCACCGGGCGCGCCUACUGCGCCGGCGCCCAGCCCCGCGUGGCCGCCUUCUACCCGCCCGUGGCUUGGCCCGCGCCGCGCGGUACGCCCCGCCUCGCCUCGCACGUGCUCUGGGACCAUUCCUCCGAGUGGAGCGUCGCCAACUUCGGCGCCUCCUCGCGCUCCGGCGAGAACGUCAUCGAGUACGACCUCUCGCGCCCCGACGACGACUUCAUCUCCGGACACAACAUCGAUGGCCGCAUCUUGUUCCCCGCCACUGGCUACUUGACGCUCGUAUGGAGGACGAUGGCGAAAAUUCACAACCGCAAAUUAGAGGACACACCUAUAAUUCUUGAGAACGUCCAAUUUAAACGAGCUACCAUCAUGUCGCGCGAUGCGCCCGUGCGCUUCCUGGUGAACGUGCUGGACGGCAGCGGCGAGUUCGAGGUGUGCGAGGGCGGCGCCGUCGCGGCCUCGGGCCUGGUGCGGCUGGCCGAGCAGCCCGCCGCCGAGCGUCUGCCCGCGCCGCCCGUCCCUCCGGGCGCCGCCCCCGACCUCCUGCCGCUCGUCGCCGACGACAUCUACAAGGAGCUGCGGCUGCGCGGCUACAGCUACGCCGGCGCCUUCCGCGGUAUCCGCACCUCCGACCCGCUCGGCACCGCCGGAUCGCUCGCCUGGGACGGCAACUGGAUCACUUUCAUGGACACGAUGCUGCAGUUCGCGAUCAUCGGCGUGGACACGCGGGAGCUGUAUCUGCCCACGCGGCUGCAGCGAGCGCUCAUCGACCCGGCGGCGCAGUGCGCAGCGGCCGCGGCGGCCGAGGCUGCGGGAGCGCCGGGAGCGGUGCCCGUGCGCAUGCUGCGCGACCUGGACGUCGUGCUCGCCGGCGGCGUGGAACUGCGCGGCGUCAAGACGAGCCUGGCGCCGCGGCGUGCCAACCCGCAGCCGGCGCCCAAGCUGGAGAAAUAUGUGUUCGUGCCGUACGACAAAACGGAUGUGGUGGGUUGCGAUGGAGGCGAGUCGGGCGCGCGCUCCAAGCGCGAAGCGCUCGCGGCCUGCCUGCAGCUGGUGUGGGAGAAUGCGGGCGCGCUGCGACUGCGCGCUUGCGAGGCGGCUCUGGGGCGCGCGCCCGAGGCGCUGCUGCUGCCCACCGUGCUGGCGCUGCUGGACGCGGAGCCGCAGGUGCGCGUGGAGCCGGUGCUGGCCGCGGGGUCUGACGCACCGCUUUACGAGGCCGCCAUGCAGAAGCUAGCCGUUAAAGUGAGCACCAAGGACGCACGCAGCGCAGCCCCCGAGGCCGAGUGUCACCUGGUGGCGCCCGACGCGCCGGCGUACUCCGACCAGACGCGCAAAGACUUGGCGGUAAACGUGCUUCGCGCCGGCGUCUGGGGCUCCUACCGUCACCUCGCGCUGCCCGACGCCGCCGACCUCCAGCUUCAGGUGGAGCACGCGUACGUGAACACGCUGACGCGCGGCGACCUGGCCUCGCUGCGUUGGGUGGAGAGCGGGCUGGCGUACGCCGCGCCGCGCGCCGGCACCACGCCCUGCGCCGUGCACUACGCGCCGCUCAACUUCCGCGACGUGAUGCUGGCCACCGGCAAGCUGCCGCCCGACGCGCUGCCCGGCGACCUCGCGGGACAGGAGUGCAUACUGGGUCUGGAGUUCAGCGGGCGCGCGCCGGACGGACGGCGCGUCAUGGGCAUGGUGGCGGCGCGCGGGCUGGCCACCACCGUACUGGCCGACGACGGCUUCCUGUGGGACGUGCCCGCCGCCUGGACGCUGGAGGACGCAGCCACCGUGCCCGUCGCCUACGCCACCGCCUACUACGCGCUGUGCGUGCGCGGCCGCAUGCGGCGCGGCGAGAGCGUGCUCGUGCACGCGGGCACCGGCGGCGUCGGCCAGGCCGCCAUCGCCAUCGCGCUGCACGCCGGCUGUACCGUGUACACCACCGUGGGCACGGCCGACAAGCGCGCCUUCCUGCGCGACCGCUUCCCCGCGCUGCCCGACGACAACAUCGGCAACUCGCGCGACACCAGUUUCGAGCAGCUGGUGCUGCGACGCACGCGCGGCCGCGGCGUCGACCUCGUGCUCAACUCGCUGGCGGCCGACAAGCUGCUGGCCUCCGUGCGCUGCCUGGCCAACGGCGGCCGCUUCCUCGAGAUCGGCAAACUUGACCUUUCCAACAACACACCGCUCGGCAUGGCGAUAUUCCUGAAGAACACCACUUUCCACGGUAUCCUGCUGGACGCGCUAUUCGAAGCGGAGGUGGCGGAAGGCGUGGAAGGCGUGGGACAUGAGCGCGCCGCCGUCGUACGCUGCGUGGCGGAGGGCAUCGCCUCCGGUGCCGUGCGCCCGCUGCCGCGCACCGUCUUCGCCGACCACCAGCUGGAGCAGGCCUUCAGGUACAUGGCGACUGGGAAGCACAUCGGCAAAGUAGUGGUCCGCGUGCGCGACGAGGAGGCGUCAGGAAGCAAGCUGGUGCCGGCCGUGCCGCGCACUUACUUCCGCCCCGAUAGGACCUACGUGCUCGUCGGCGGGCUGGGCGGCUUCGGGCUGGAGCUGGCGGAGUGGCUGGUGGUGCGCGGCGCCACGCGGCUGCUGUUCAACUCGCGGUCCGGCGUGCGCACCGGCUACCAGUCGUGGUGCAUACGACGGUGGCGGGCACGCGGCGUGCACGUGGCGCUCAGCACGGCGGACGCGACGGCCGCUGCGGGCGCGCGCACGCUGCUGCGCGAGGCGGCGGCGCUGGCGCCGGUGGGCGGCGUCUUCAACCUGGCGGCUGUGCUGCGCGACGCUUUCCUCGAGAAUCAGACGCCCGACGACUUCCGAGCCGUCGCUCGUCCCAAAGUCGAUGGCACGAAGGCGCUGGACUCGGCGACGCGCGAGUUGUGCCCCGAGCUGGAGUACUUCGUGGUGUUCUCGUCGGUGUCUUGCGGGCGCGGCAACCCCGGACAGAGCAACUACGGCCUCGCCAACUCAGCCAUGGAGCGCAUCGUGGAGCGCCGCCAGGCAGACGGGUUGCCGGGUCUGGCCGUGCAGUGGGGCGCAAUCGGCGAAGUGGGGCUCAUCGUGGAGACAAUGGGUGGCGACGAGAGCGAAGUGGGCGGGACAGUGCCGCAGCGCAUCUCGUCCUGCAUGACGGCGCUGGGCGCGCUGCUGGCGCGGCCUCACGCCGUCACCGCCUCUAUGGUGCUGGCGGACAAGCGGCGCGCUCCCGCCGCACCCUCGCACGACCUGCUGCACGCCGUCGCUAAUAUACUCGGUAUAAAAGACCCGAGUAAAGUAUCAGAAUCUGCCAAUCUGGCGGAGUUGGGCAUGGAUUCGUUGAUGGGUGCCGAGAUAAAGCAGACUCUGGAGCGGGGAUACGACGUGGUGCUGGGCGUGCAGGAGAUUCGCGCGCUCACGUUUGCCAAGCUUCGUGCCCUCGCUGGCGGCGAGGCGGAGGGCGGGGCGGAGGUCGAGGUGCCGGAGCAGACCGCUGGGGUGGAGCACGCGCCGCCCGCCGGUGACUUGGUGCAGUUUCCGGCACUCGAGGAGCUGGUGCCCGAGCAAGUGCUCGUUAAAUUACCCAGUGCCGCACCCGAUGACUCUAAUAUUAAACCAGUAUUUAUGGUGCACCCGAUAGAGGGCGUGGUGCACGCGCUGGCGGGCGUGGCGCGGGCGGUGCGCGCGCCGGCGCUGGGCCUGCAGUGCGUGGCCGCGGCGCCGCUCGCCGACAUGACCGCGCUCGCCGCCUUCUACGUGCGCCAAGUGCGCGCGGCGCAGCCCGACCCGCCCUACACGCUGCUCGGCUACUCCUUCGGAGCCAGCGUUGCCUUUGAAAUGGCGCUACAGCUGGAGCAGGCCGGCUGCGAGACGCGCCUCGUGCUGGUGGACGGCUCGCCGGCGUACGUGGCGACGCACACGACGCGCGGCAAAGCCAAGCGAGCCGCGCGCUCCGCCGCCACCGACGAGGCGGACGCGCUCACCUACUUCGCCCAGCUGUUCGCGGAGAUCGACGCCAAUAAGGUGUUCUCGGAGCUGGAGAAGCUUGGCGGGUGGGAUGCGCGCGUGCAGCACGUGACGGCGCUGCUGCGCGGCGCGACGUCGCACUCGGCCGCCGCCCUCGCCGCCGCCGCCGGCUCCUUCUACCGCAAGCUGGUGGCCGGCGACACCUACCGCCCCGCGCGACCCCUCCGAGCACCCGUCACGCUCUUCACGGCGCGCGACAACUACGUCACACUCGGAGAGGACUACGGCCUGGCCGAGGUGUGCUCCGGCCCGCUGACCACGCUGCAGCUGGCGGGCACGCACCGCUCCAUUCUGACGGGCGAGGCGGCGCGCGCCAUCGCCGACCACCUGUCCGCGUUGCAGGCGGUGCAGGCGGCGCAGACGACGCGGCAGUAGCACACGGCGCGCCGACGCCGGCGACCGCGCCGACGCCGGCCGCGGUAGUGCGCGCCCAGCUCGCCCGCUCACUAUGCUUUUGUGUACGACUUUCAUUUAAUGGAUUCCUCUUAUGUACACUGACGCGGCCUCUCUAUAUGUCAUCUGGUAGUGCGAGCUUGUAGUUGCAAUUGUUUAUUUAUUAAAAGGAAUGUUUGCGGAGCUCGGCUCCCACUUGUGAUAAGGGUACAUUCCGAGCACGCACCCCGACCCUGCUUCUCGGGGACUCGUUUAGUUGUAAAUAGAAUGUUUUUAUUUUUUUUUUAUUUUAAUUAAUAAUUUAAACUGACUACUAUGGUAGAAAUGGAAUUAUUCUUAUGACUCGAAUAUAAAGUUAAGUGGCAGGGGGUGGGGUGCGGUCAGACACUGCUGUUGGUUUUCCUUCGUCUGAAGAUGUCUGUCGAUGUGUAGUUUGAUGUUGCUCUUGCUUGAAAUGGAUCGCGCAUAACGGCUCACAUCCGCGGCGCCUCGUUGCGUGUUGCGUGUUGUUGCGACGCCGACGCCGACGCCGACACUCCAGGCAGCAGCUGGACCGAGUGUUGCGAGGGAAGUGAACAUAUUAUGUUAUAUGUUCAUUUGAGGUUAGUUUUGCGCUGGCCGGACAGCCACUGUCCUGGCUUCAGUCCGCACUCACUGUGAUCUGACGACUCGCAUUUCUAUAUAAAUAGUUUUAUAUUAAAUGUAUUGACACAAUUAGGUGGUUAUGAUGAUUAUUUAUUGCGAUUAUUGUACGGUCAAUUCGUAUGUUAAACUUUGGAGACGGUUAAUGUAUUCAAUGAGAAGUGUAAUAUUUUUUCAUUAAACAAAUUGAUAGA